AGGUAUUGAAGAUGCAACUGCCAAAGCCUUGAGCGGAGUUAUGUGGAUCGUGUUUUUGCUGUUUCUGGUGGUGCCACCUUGGUAUCUUCACAUGGUGCCAAAGGUGGCUGAAGAGAACAAAUCGCCGCAGGAUGAGAAGGCCGAUGCGGAGGCUAAAGCGUCCCCUGAAUCCAAGAGCGAAGCAGAAGCCAAGGCACCGGCCGCUGGCGCGGCUGCGGUGCCUCCUGCCCCGACGCCAGCAGCUUCCGCUGCUGCAGCGGCUGCUCCUGCGGCGCCGACACCGGCGCCUGCGCCAGCAGCUCCGGAUGUCAAGCCGCCGGCGGCAGAGGAUGAUGAGGAGUUCUAGCCGCCAGCACCGCAGCCUUCUCAGUUGCAGCGUGGGGUCGCAUGACACUGCCAAAUUUCCGCCCUUCGCUGGAGUCAGUUUCAAAUCAUGCUAUGAUGAUCUCGAGACUGAAAAU